GAUUUUAAUAUAUAUUUUAUGUUUUAUUUUCAGAAAUUAAAAGCAAAAAUUGUGAUAUGUCAGGAAUGGGGGGGUUUAAGUUCCCUGGAGGGGGGACAGGAGGAGCCCCCCCACCUUCAUCAGGCAAUGCCAAGAAAAAGCGACGAACAAGUCAAAAUACUUCUGUCUCGGUGAAUCAGCCGUCUCCCGUCGGUGACAUGCACAUGAUGGGAGAUACAGUAUUUGCAAACAAUCCCUUUGAUGAUGGACCAGGGGGGAUGGGCCCGAUGGGAGGACAAGGAAUGAUGGGCCCAAGGGGUUCUAUGAUGGGACCAGGUGGACCCAUGGGGCCAGGAGGACCAAUGGGGCCCGGUGGACCAAUGGGACCUGGUGGGCCAAUGGGACCAGGAGGGCCAAUGGGACCAGGAGGGCCAAUGGGACCCAUGGGCCCAGGAGGACCGAUGGGAAUGGGGCCUAAUGGGCACAUGAUGGGUGGGCCGAUGGGAAUGGGAGGUCCAGAUGGCAUGAUGGGGCCCAUGGGAAUGGGACCUGGGGGUCCUUUGGGUAUGGGACCUGGUGGUCCGAUGGGAAUGGGGCAUGGAGGUCCUAUGGGACAUGGACCAAUGGGGAUGGGACCUAACGGACAUAUGGGUGGACCAAUGGGACCUGGAGGACCAAUGGGACCCGGUGGACCAAUGGGACCUGGCGGACCUAUGGGAGGACCCAUGGGUCACGGCCCAAUGGGACCAAUGGGUCCAGGGGGGCCAAUGGGGCACCACAUGGGAAUGGGACCUAACGGACCUAUGCCUAUGUCUUCUAUGAGUGGACCUCCAAUGUCAAUGUCGAUGUCGAUGUCUGGGCCGAUGUCGAGCAUGUCAAGUAUGUCAAGUAUGUCCAGUAUGUCGAUGGGUCCAGGACCCAUGUCUUCCAUGAGUCCUAUGGGUCCAGGUGGACCUAUGGGACCAAUGGGUCCUGGAGGACCAAUGGGACCGGGUGGACCUAUGCCGAUUUCUUCGUCAGGAAUGACGAUUAAUUCAGGUUGGCAGCAUGUAGAAAGGGAUCUAUCACCUGUAUACUCCUCCAACAUCAGAAUACAUGGAAACCAUAAAAGUCCAGGCUCCGGUAGUCCUCAUGGAUCAGGGCACGGAAGUGGACCCGGCACCCCUGUUAAUAUACCGAUGGGUCCAUCGUCACACCCGGGAACUGUUCCAAUGGGUCCAUCAUCUCAUCCAGGAAUGGGGGGUCCGAGCCCAUUAUCUAUGAAUAUGGAGAAGGUGUAUCCCUCUGACCAACCAAUGGUCUUUAACCCACAGAAUCCGAAUGCUCCUCCCAUCUAUCCCUGUGGAAUCUGCCAUAAAGAGGUUCACGAUAAUGACCAGGCUAUUCUGUGCGAGUCUGGGUGUAAUUUUUGGUUCCACCGAAUCUGCACUGGACUGGCGGAAGCUGCCUUCCAUUUUCUCACACAGGAAAUCUACGCUGAAUGGGUUUGUGAUAAAUGCUUUACUCAUAAAGACGUGCCUUUGGUCAAGUUCAAGCCGUAAAAUCUACGCAUUGGUCAAAUUCAAGCCGUAAAAUCUAUGCUUUUGGUCAAAUUCAAGCCGAAGAAUCUACGACUUUGGUCAAAUUUCAAUCUGUAGAAUCUACGACUUUGGUCAAAUUCAAACCGUAGACCCUAAAGUCUAUAAAGUAAACCAAGACGACUAAUCAGGACGAUUGAUUGAUUGAUAGAUCAAGUUUAAGCAAUAAUUUUAAGUAUUUUAUAAUAAUUUACCUUUUGUGGAUGAUUAUGUCUUUAUCUUAUUAAUAUAAACUUUUAGAUUUUAA